AUGACAUCCAACCUCCAUCCCCUACCUCCCCCAGCCCUCUCCUACCCACAACACUCUCAAACAGACGACUACAGACACCAUAAAAGACCAAGCUACCAUAAGGAGUGAAGACAAUUAAAUACCACACGAACACGGCUACUCGCUACGGCGAUCCCCACUAUGACAUAGACAACCUAACACAUCGAACAACCUACAUGAACACGUCCGAAACACGCUAAAACGACUGAAACUACUCAAACAGACGCACACGCAAACACACCCGUCCAACACACAGGCCGAAUAUAAAGCCGACAUAGUAGAAGGGGCCAAUACGACGGGAAACACACCAAUGACCCAAGGACACAAUACUAAUAGAAACACAAGACACCGCUCUACCCACCAGAUCCCAGCAAACCCCGCAAAAUCCACAGCAGUAAGCAAGACGAGAAGCCAAGACAAGCAGGGUUACCGCUGGGGCGGACAGAAAAGGCACCACAUAGGAGAUACCACCCCGGACACCCGACAUGCCACACACACCCACACUACACUCCCACAUAAGACCUACUACACAAAGCCAUAA